AUGUUAGUAGACACAGGGGCUACGGUUACAAUGCUGUCAACAACUUUAUGGGACAAGGUGAAAGACCGAUUAUCAUUUGAAAUCCAAGAACCUGGAAUGAAAGUUUACACAGCAGAUGGUGAUGAAUUAAAGCUGGAAGAUGCGAAACGGCACCUUUUGUUACUUAAGGAUGAAAGCAUCUCUCUUGUGUAUGAAGGAAAAAUUGGAUGCUAUAGAGUUGAAGCAGAAGAAACGGUCAGCAUACCACCCCGGAGUGAACUUAUUAUACAUGUACCAGGGAAAAUAUGUACCUUUGACAAGGAGCAUCUACAGACCCAAGGUAUAGUAGAACCCAAAGAAAAAGAAGAUGCUAAUAAACCCUUGACUGCUAGAACUUGUGUUCAACCAAUGAAGAAUAAUAUUGUGCCAGUGAGAUUGUUGAACGUGGAGUCUGAACCAAAGGUAGUGUACAAGAACACAGAGAUUGGAACAUUUCAAGAAACGGAACAGGUGACCUCAAACUAUGCCGGUGAACCAGCAGAGCGGCCCGAUAUAGAAAAUCUGUAUCAAGAAUCUGUAAAGCAUCUUACAAAGAAACAAGCUAAAGAAGUGAAAUCUUUUCUCUGGAAGUACAAAUCGCUGUUUGCAAAAAGUAACAGUGAUCUUGGCAAAACCAAUAUUGUCAAACACAGGAUAGACACUGGAGAUGCGAGACCUAUAAAACAACCCGUUCGCCGUUCUCCUGCACACUUGUCAAAAGAAAUUGAAAGGAAUAUUGAUGAGAUGUUAGAGUGCAAUAUUAUAGAACCUUCGACAAGUCCAUGGGCUUCCCCGAUCGUACUAGUGAAAAAGAAGGAUAAUACUUUCCGGUUCUGA